AUGGCUGAUCAAGCACGGGAUCGCAUCGAGGCUCUAGGCAAGCAGCUCGGUCUGCCGCCCAUCCAGCGCAAAGCCGGCCCUUCCAACGGACUUCGCCUCCAGGGCAAGGUCGCCAUCAUUACGGGCGCCAAUUCACCUCUGGGCAUCGGUCGCGCCACCGCUCACCAGUACGCUGAGAGUGGCGCCAGAGCCAUCUAUAUUUGCGACUUUGACGGUACUCACCUUGAAAGCCACAAGAAACAAAUCAUCGCUGCCUAUCCUUCGGUGGAUGUUCAUGUUCGCCAAUUCGACGCUGGUGAUGAGGCCAAGGUCAAGGCCGUUGUCGACGACGCCCUAGCCCAGUACAAGCGCCUCGACAUCUUCUUUGCCAAUGCCGGCAUCAUUGGCAAGUACGGCAUGUUUACCGACUACACUGAAGAGGACUACAUGGAAGUAAUGAGGACGAAUUCAUGGAGUGUCGUGGCUGCCGCCAAGCAUGCCGCUCCGGCCAUGCAAAAAACGUCUACAGAAAAGCCCGAGUCGAACGGUAGCAUAAUCGCGACCGCUUCCGUCGCUGGCAUUCGCUCUAACGCGGGCACCACCCCCUAUGCAGCUUCCAAGGCUGCCGUCAUCAAUACCGUCCAGACAGUCGCCUACCAGCUCACCGGCACCAACAUCCGUAUCAACGCCAUUUGCCCUGGCAUCAUCGAGACUGGUAUGACGGCGCCCGUAUACGAGACCGCGCGAGCUCGUGGAACCGAGAAGAAGAUUGGACAGAUCAACCCUCUGAAGCGCGGCGCGCAUGCUGACGAAGUUGCGCGUGUCGCCCUGUUCCUAGGCAGCGAUGAAUCGAGCUACGUUAACGGCCAGGCAUGGGCUGUCGACGGUGGGCUGAGUGCUGGCCACCCAUAUGUUCUCGGAAAGCUGGCUUAG